UCACAAAAGCCCCCCAAAAGUUGAUCCUGCCGGCGCCAAGGACGAUGGAGGCGGCGAUUGGCGCGGCACGUGGGCUCGUCGGCAGGGUAGUGAAUCUGCUGUCCAACGACCUUGUGCAGGCGUAUGUCGCCAGUGCUGAGCUCGGCCUCAGCUCCGAGAAGACCAAAGAUGAUCUGAUGCGCACACAAGUGGUGCUGCGGGAGGCCCAGCGUAGAGGCGUGAUCAACAACCCCAGUUUGGAGGAGCUGCUGCACAAGCUCCACACCAAGGUCGGCAAGGCGGAGGACGCGCUGGACGAGCUCCAGUACUUCAUCAUCCAGGACCAGCUCGACGGCACUCAGUACGCUGUGCCGGAUCUGGGCAAUACCCUCUGGGGUCAUGCUCGCCACAUCCGUCAUGCCAUUCACCAUGCCAUCGGUAACUUCAUCCUUCCAUGCUUUUCUUGUUGGCUGCUGCAAGAUGAUGAUCAUGGUGCUGCUGCUAUAAAUCAUCCUCACAAUACCUCCAACCCAGCUAGUGGUAAUGAUGGUUCAGUUACUAAGUUGUCAUUCGACAGAGUGGCCAUGUCCAAGAAAAUCAAACAAGCCAUAGAGGAAAUGCACUCCCUGUGUGACCAAUUCUUGGAGUUGCUAAAAAUAAUCCCAGACCAUAGUAACAGUACUACAACUGUCAACCUAAAACGACCUCUCACAGGAUCAAUCACUGCACAAGAUAAAUUGUAUGGGAGGGAAGACCUGUUUGAGCAAACCAUAAAAGAUCUCAUCACCAAUUGCACAGAUAGCAAUAAAGCUCUUUCAGUUAUGCCUAUAAUUGGUCCAGGGGGUAUUGGAAAAACAACCUUCACCCAACACCUGUACAAAGAUAAAAGGACACGUGAACACUACCCUGCCAGGGCUUGGAUAUGUGUCUCAACUGAUUUUGAUGUGCUUAAGCUCAGUCAGCAGAUCCUUAGCCAAAUUGAAGAAAACAAUGAUGCAUAUCAAACAUCAAGUUUAAACCAGCUCCAGAAUUCCAUUGAAAAGGGGCUCAAGUCUAAAAGGUUUUUGAUUGUCUUUGAUGAUAUAUGGGAAUGCACUACUCAGGAUUGGGAAACCCUGCUAGCUCCUAUGGGAAAGGGCGAAACCACAGGUAACAUGGUUCUCGUCACAACUCGGUUCCCAUCUAAAGUUGAUGAUGUGAAAACAACCGACCCGAUUCUGCUGAAAGGCCUUGAGCUGGAUGAUUUUUUAACAUUCUUCGAAGCAUUAAUAUUUGAAGGACAAAUACCCCACAAUGAGAAUUACAUGGAAGAACUUUUGAAAAAUGGUUUUCUCGUGAAGGAGAAUGAUCGUUGGUCAAAUCAACAGUACUAUGUGCUGCAUGAUUUAUUGCACGAACUAGCUCGGAGUGUCUCGUCACAAGAAUGCCUAAAUAUAUAUAGCAAUGGAAGUUUUAGGGCUGAUGAUGUCCCAAAAUCCAUUCGUCAUUUGUCCAUCACCAUGAAAGACAAAUACGUUGAGACUUUUAGGACAGAAAUGACUAAAUUAAAGAGCAAGGUAGACAUCCCAAAUUUGCGUGCUCUAAUGAUUUUUAGAAAAUAUGAGGAACAAAUUGAUGAGAUUAUAGAAGACACUUUCAAGGAAAUAGAGGCCCUUCGUGUUCUUUUUAUCGAAGUCAUGUCCCCAGAAUCUUUACCACAUUACUUUCCAAAACUUAUCCACCUACGAUAUCUAAAAAUUAGUCCAUCGGAAUUUGGUUCAGAAGUGACUUUUCCUAGCACACUGUCAAGAUUUUAUCACUUGCAAUUAUUGGACCUAAGUGAUUGGUAUGAUCAAAGUGUUAAAUUGCCCAAUGACAUUAACCGCCUUACCAAUUUAUGCCAUUUUAUUGCCGAAAGAGAAGUCCAUUCCAAUGUUCCUGAGGUAGGAAAGAUGAAGUAUUUAAAGGAGCUUAAAGAAUUCCAUGUCAAGAAAGAGAGUGUUGGAUUUGAAUUGAGUGAAUUGGGGGAUUUAACAGAGCUUGGAGGAGAACUCAGUAUAUAUAAUAUUGGAAAUGUGGCAACCAAGGAAGAGGCCAUGAAAGCCAAGCUUGUGUCAAAAGGUGAUUUGGAAACGUUGAGGUUGGUUUGGGGAGGAUUGGAUGCAUCGGAACCAUCUGAUGAAUUAUCUGAUGUUCUUGAUGGUCUUGAGCCACACCCUAAUCUUCAAUCACUUGGCAUUGAAAACCAUGGUGGUUCAGUCGGUCCACAUUGGUUGUGUGGUCACAUGAGCAUAAAGAUGCUUGUGUCUCUCCACCUAGAGGGUGUGUCUUGGGCCAUUCUUCCACCUUUUGGGCAGUUAUUGCAUCUCAGAUCACUCAAAUUAAUUAACAUUUCCAGUCUUGUUCAGAUCAAACCAGGGGUUGUUGGGGUCACGGCUAAAAGUUUUACGCAGUUGAAGGAGAUUGUUCUUGAUUCUUUGUCAGAAUUUACCCAGUGGGAUGAGGCGCCUAAUGCCCAUUCAUUUUCAAUGCUUGAAAAAAUUGUUUGCAAAGAAUGCCCCAAUCUCUAUGCAUUGCCAUUCCUGCAGGAUUGCUCUAUGGGCUCUUAUAACCAUCUGUGGAAACUUGAAAUUACUGGUUGCCCAAAGUUGCCUAUGCCCCUCAUGCCUCACACUUCCACACUAACUGACGUUACUGUGGAUACUAGGCGUACUGGGAGAAUGGUGUACGUGAACCAUAAUUUGUAUUUGACAAGGUAUAACAGGGCAUUAGCCUGGCAUAAUAUGGCCGGCAAAGUAGAGAGCAUCACAUUUAAAGCUGGAUCAACAGUCCCAUGGAUAAUCCUACAAAGUUUAACCUCCUUCAAGACACUUGUAAUUGAAGGAGACUCAAGCAAGCAAUCGUUGGCUUCGCUCUCAUACCUCACGUCUCUCACCAAUUUAAGAAUACAAGAUUGUAAGAAUUUCAAAGUGGGUGGGUUCAAUCUUCUCAUGGCUUCCAACCUCAAGGAUUUGGCGGUCCACAACAUAAUUGAAUAUUACCCUCGCUCUGUAGCCGCGGAUCUUCUCUCGGAAUUGGCGGUGGAAAUAACAAGGAGUAAAAAGUUAUUACCACCUACAGCUGGCUCUUUACUCCAGUUGGUAAGACUUAAUGUGGAUAGCAUCUCGGCUGUGCUUGUUGCUCCAGUUUGUCGCCUACUCGCUGCUACCCUCAAGGAGUUAGUGAUCACGUGUGAUCGAGAGGUGGAGAACCUCACCAAAGAUGAAGAGAAAGCGCUUCAGCUCCUCACCUCACUCCAAGAACUAAGUUUUUGGAGGUGCCAUCGUCUGCGGUCCUUCCCUCAAGGGUUACACGGCCUUCCUUCUCUCAGGAAACUACAAGCCAUCACUUGUCGACGAAUCAGAUCGCUGCCCAAGAAGGGAAUCCCCACUUCUCUGCGGGAGCUAUCAAUAAAUGAUUGCAGUCGCAAGCUACACAAUCAAGCCAAGAAACUAAAUCAAAGAAAUUUGUCUGUAAGCGCCUAG